AUUAAGAGUUUAUAAAUUCUUGUCUCUCUUCAUUUUCUUGUUCUCUCUCUAGGAAAUUAAACAGAGAAUUUAGAAUUAUGGGAAGGCAACCUUGUUGUGAUAAAGUUGGGUUGAAAAAAGGGCCAUGGACUGCUGAAGAGGACAAGAAGCUCAUCAACUUCCUCCACACCAAUGGUCAAUGCUGUUGGAGGGCUGUCCCUAAACUUGCAGGAUUGUUGCGAUGUGGGAAGAGUUGCAGACUUAGAUGGACUAAUUACCUUAGGCCCGAUCUAAAACGAGGCCUCUUGUCGGAAUAUGAGGAGAAAAUGGUCGUUGAUCUUCAUUCUCAGAUGGGUAAUAGGUGGUCAAAAAUUGCUUCUCAUCUUCCCGGAAGAACAGACAACGAGAUAAAAAACCACUGGAACACCCACAUAAAGAAAAAGCUAAAAAAGAUGGGAAUCGACCCUCAAACUCACAAGCCCAUUUCUCCACUUUCUAACGACGCUCAUUUGGCUCAUCAAAACGAUCAGAAGUCUCGACAACAACAAUCUCCUCCAUCUCCAUCACCAUCACCGUCACGAGCAUUGGAAGAACAUGAUAAAGAGAUAGUGAUCGAUGAAACCGACGUGAUGAACUUACUCGUAGAUGGGUUUUGCACGGAAGAAGACGUGUCACUAAUCGAGCCGCUACAAGACGUUGGAGUCCCAUGUGCUUCUUCUUCUUCAACAACCUCAACUCCUUCCUCUUCCACCCCCUCAUCCUCUUCUUCAUUUUGCUCACACUCUGAAUCAGCAGCCAAUUUGCUUCAAGAUUUGGUGAAUGAGUUCCCUGAAUUUGAAUGGCCAAAUAUUUGUGAAAAUGGCUUACUGGAUGAGCUUUUGGAGGAUGAGCUUGGUGGUUGGGAUUUUAUCAUCGAUAAUUCUUAAGAAAUCACGAUACUGUUCGUUUCGAAUUCAUAAAGUUUAUAAUAUCAUAU